CUACCCGCGCUGUCGUCGAAGAUUGUGUGUUUAGGAAGAUGCGUGCCUUUAUCUAAAUAAAUUGAAAAUUAUGUCUAAAAAUUUUCUCCGCAAUUAUAGUUUAUUUUUUUAAAAGAGAUUAAAACGUUUAUUAUAACGGUCAUUGAGGUAUUUGAGGGACCGACAUUAUAACUUCUGACAUACUCUGACAUUUUCAGGCGGAAAGUCAGCAGCUCUGUAAACAUGGCGGGAGUUAUCCGGAGGCUCGACGAGACUGUUGUCAACCGCAUUGCUGCGGGAGAAGUUAUUCAGCGUCCUGCCAACGCCGUUAAAGAAAUGAUUGAAAACUGUUUGGAUGCAAAGUCCACAAGCAUUCAGGUGACGGUGAAAGACGGCGGACUGAAACUUCUUCAAAUUCAGGACAACGGCACUGGCAUCAGGAAGGAGGACAUGGAAAUCGUUUGUGAGAGGUUCACCACGAGCAAACUUCAAACUUUUGAGGACCUUUCGAGUAUCGCAACCUAUGGAUUCAGAGGAGAGGCCCUUGCUAGUAUAAGCCAUGUUGCCCAUGUGACCAUAACCACAAAGACUGCUGAUGCAAAGUGCGCUUACAGAGCCAACUACAGCGAUGGCAAACUAAAAGGCCCUCCCAAACCAUGUGCUGGAAACCAGGGAACGCAGAUCCUUGUGGAGGAUCUUUUCUAUAACGUCUCCACCAGGAGAAAAGCUCUAAAGAGCCCGAGCGAUGAGUACUCCAGGAUUGUAGAAGUGGUCGGCAGGUACGCCAUACACAACUCAGGAAAAAGCUUCUCUGUCAAAAAGCAAGGAGAGACCGUGGCAGACGUAAGGACUCUUCCCAAUGCGUCUGUAGUGGAUAAUAUUCGAGGGAUUUUUGGCAACGCAGUCAGCAGGGAGCUGAUCGAGGUUGCCUGUGAAGAUCAGAAGCUCGCUUAUAAGAUGAAAGGCUACAUCUCAAACGCAAACUAUUCAGUCAAGAAAUGCAUUUUGAUCCUGUUCAUAAACCAUCGUCUGGUGGAGUCGAGCGCUUUGAAGAAAGCGAUUGAGACAGUUUAUGCUGCAUAUCUCCCCAAGAACACACACCCGUUCCUUUACUUGAGCUUAGAAAUCGCUCCUCAGAAUGUGGAUGUUAAUGUUCAUCCCACUAAACAUGAAGUGCACUUCCUGCAUGAGGACAGUGUCAUCGAGAGCGUUCAGAAGCACAUCGAGAGCAAACUCCUGGGCUCCAACUCCUCACGUACAUAUUUCACUCAGACGUUGUUGCCGGGACUGUCAGUCUCAGGUAACACUGAGGUUAAGGCCUCCAGCACCACAUCGGAGUCUAGCGAGCGAGUCUACGCACAUCAGAUGGUGAGGACCGACUGUCGCACACAGAAGCUAGAUGCCUUCCUCCAACCAAAAGAAAAGCCGCUCCCUGAUCCCGAGCCUGCUGGUCCCAGCAGUGGGCAGACUGCGAUCAAAGCCAUCCAGGCGGACAGCAUAGAGAUAGACGAUGUAGAUGACUCAGACAUGCUGGAGGCGCUGGCUGAACAGGAAGCAGAGGUGCCAAAGGGCGAGGAACAAGGCAGCGUCGGUGCUCUUGAUAAUCAGAGGAAGCGACCGAGGACAGAGCAGAAAGAGCAGCAGCAGGAAGAAGGCGAGGACUUGACGGCUGCAGCCACGCCCAAGAGACGACUCAUCAAACUGAACAGCAUCAAAGAGCUGAGAGCUGAGAUCACAGAGAACACACAUAAAGGCCUUCAAGAAAUGAUGCAGAACCACUCGUUUGUGGGCUGCGUCAAUCCCCAGUGGUCUCUGGUGCAACAUCAUACUAAGCUCUACCUGCUCAACACCAACAAACUCAGCCAGGAGCUUUUCUACCAAAUACUCAUUUAUGACUUUGGAAAUUUCGGUGUACUCAGACUGUCUACCCCAGCACCUCUUUAUGACUUGGCCAUGUUGGCUUUGGAGUCAGAGGAGAGCGGCUGGACUGAAGAGGACGGUCCCAAAGAAGGCCUGGCUCAGUACAUAGUGGACUUCCUGAAAAAGAAAGCGGAGAUGCUAGAGGACUACUUCUCCAUGGAGAUAGACCAGGAAGGAAACCUACUAGGACUCCCGCUGCUCCUCGACAACUACACCCCAGUCAUGGAGGGUCUCCCUAUGUUCAUCCUGCGCCUGGCAACUGAGGUGAACUGGGACGGUGAAAAGGACUGUUUCAGAGACUUCAGCAAAGAGUGCAGCAUGUUCUACUCCAUCAGGAAGCAGUACAUCCUGGAGGCCGAGCCAGGAGAGGAGCAGGGCACUGAGGUGAAGUCUUGGCGGUGGAAAGUCGAACACCUCAUCUUUAAAGCUUUCCGAACCCUCUUCAGUCCCCCGAAGAGCUUCAGCGAGGAUGGCACUGUGCUGCAGAUUGCCAACUUACCCGAUCUCUACAAAGUGUUUGAGAGGAAACCCUUUCUGAACGGCUUACUGAAAAGUGCCAAGGCUCCACAUGGUUUCCUAACACUAAGACUUCAGGCAUGAAGCCAGGAAAAUAGAAGUGGGUCACAAGUCCCAUAACGAAACCCGAAAACGUGCCAGCAAAUGAGCUCGACUUUUAUUACUUCUCCAUUCCACCUGUCAGUCGAAGCUGUGUCAGCACUCUGUGUGAAGGAGGUUAAAGCAGCUCUGCCAGUGUUUCCAUCAACACCUGAGGGACAGUAACUAGUUUAACACCUGCAGAAGACCAGAAAAGUGAGUGAACUGUACUUACCUGAUUUACUCUGUUUUGUUUUUAAAGAAGAAAGCGAACCCGAGUUAUUCUAGUGAUUCCAAACGGGGACAAAUUAAAUUCAUACAUCUUUUGAUUUCAGAGUUUCAAAAGUGGAAAUUGGUGUAGGCUUCCCUCGCUCUAUGCAUAGAGAAGCAGAAAUCUAAAAGAUGUGCUCCACUUUUUAAGAUUCCAAAAUCAGCUUCAAUUCUUUACUCGCACAUCACAGUAAUACAACCUGAAGUGAAGAACUCUGACAGCCCCUUUCAAGUAUUGCUUAGCAGUGGGAUUAACGUGUUAAAAGACAUACAUGGGAAAGAAAGUUUGACUGGAAACAACACAAGAAAAGCAGAUAAUAUUUAAUAAAAAUGGUCCACAAAAUUUGCAGUUUUGUUCUGUGGCUUUUUUGUAGCCUUCACUUUCAGGGCAGUGGGAAUGACAGGACACCAGAUGUUAGCAUGAAUCUUCAGCUUGGCCAUUGAAGUAUUUUUAGCUCAUAAAAGAA